AUGACACAUUUUCACUUCAUCAAGAAAGGGUCCAAGACUUUUGAAAACCACUUCUUCAAGGUUGGACAACCUUACGAGCAACACAACCAAGGCUUUGAUCACGAGUCUGUGAUGGCAAAUAUAUUAACAGUAUGGAUUCUGUUUGUCGCAGUAUUCGAAAGCUAUUUUGUUUCCGGCCAAGAUUUGGCAAAGUCAAGCGCAAGAGACAGCAGGGUAUCAUUAAUGCGCAACGCCCCACCCGAUGACGCUUGUCCUCCAUGUUUCAAUUGUAUGCUCCCCAUUUUCGAAUGUAAACAGUUCUCCACUUGUAACUCGUUUACAGGCAAAUGUGAAUGCCUGGAAGGUUUUGGAGGCGAUGACUGUUCAACACCCUUAUGCGGCGCUCUUUCCGACGGUAACACACAUAGGCCCAUUAGAGACAAUUCAACAGAGAUUUGCGAGUGUAAAGACGGCUGGAGUGGUAUCAACUGUAACGUCUGUCAGGAUGAUACCGCUUGUGACGCGUUCAUGCCAGAAGGAACGCAGGGUACGUGCUAUAAAGGUGGCAUGAUAGUCAAUAAAUUUCACCAGGGCUGUGAUGUGACCAACAAAAAGAUCAUCCAGAUCCUGAAUGGAAAAAAACCUCAAGUCACUUUUUCAUGCAACAGAACUUCUCAAGUUUGUGACUUCCAAUUUUGGAUAGACCAGAAAGAGAGCUUUUAUUGCGGCUUGUCGGCAUGCGAAUUUGAAUUUGAUCUGAACAACAACGCUUCACACUACAAUUGCCGUGAUGUCUCUUGCAGAUGUCUUCCUGGCGAGAUGCUUUGUGGUCAAAGUGGCUCUAUUGACAUAUCAGAAUUUCUGAAAGAGACUAUCAAGGGGCCAGGUGACUUUAGCUGCGACCUCCAUACAAGAAAAUGCAAAUUUAGUGAGCCCAGUAUGAAUGAUCUAAUCUCAACAGUCUUUGGCGAUCCCUAUAUUACGUUGGUUUGCGAGUCUGGAGAGUGUCUUCAUUAUAGUGAAAUCCCAGGUUACGAACCGCCUUCGAAGGAUCGUCUCACGUUAUUCCAAAAACUGGGGCUCACUUUCGGCUUUGUUGGUAUUUGCCUCGUCUCUGUAUUCGCAGCGUUCUUGAUUUCGAAAAGCCCUCUCUUUAACAAUAACAGCAUUUCUCUUGAUGAGGAUGACGACAAUGAUUUUGAUUUUUUAAAAGAUGGCGUGAAGUCAGUGCUGACAUUUGAGGACAUGAGUUACGUUAUAGGAUCUGGUAAAGACGCGCGGAAAGUUUUGACAGGCGCCAACGGAAUUGUAAAACCAGGUGAAAUCUUAGCGAUAAUGGGCGGUUCUGGAGCUGGAAAAACAACUCUGCUAGACCUCUUGGCGAUGAAGAUGAAAACGGGACGUGUGAGUGGUUCUAUUAGAGUAAAUGGCAAGAAAAUUGACAGAGAGCAGUUUUCAAAGUUUGUGGGGUUUGUCGAUCAGGACGAUUUCUUAUUGCCAACUUUAACCGUCUACGAGACUGUGCUUAACAGCGCAUUGUUAAGAUUACCAAGACAUAUCAGUUUCCAAUCGAAGCAGAAACGAGUCUACCAAGUUUUGGAUGAGCUCAGGAUUCUUGACAUAAAAGAUCGCGUGAUUGGCGAUGAGUUUGAGCGAGGAAUAAGUGGAGGGGAAAAAAGACGCGUUUCUAUUGCCUGCGAACUUGUGACUUCGCCCUCGAUAUUGUUUUUAGACGAGCCAACUUCCGGUUUGGAUUCCAAUAACGCUAAUAAUGUCAUUGAAUGCUUGGUGAGACUUGCCCUCCAUUAUAACAGGACCCUCGUUCUCUCGAUUCAUCAACCACGGUCCAACAUCUUCAAAUCUUUUGAUAAACUGAUUCUUUUGAGUGAGGGGGAAACAGUGUAUUCGGGAAACGCCAGAGAGGUCAGUGAUUUUCUACGCAACAAUGGAUAUAUCUGUCCCGCAGACUACAACAUUGCCGACUUUUUGAUUGAUAUCACGUUCGAGCCAGGAAAGAAUAGAUCAACGAGACCUGCCGAUUUGGAGGCUAAUGCUUUCGGCGAUGCCCAUACCGUGGAGCACACUUUCCCGUCAGAAAAUAGAAAUUCAGUAUCAACUGCCACUCAGAGAGAAUGGGAACACUAUGCCGUUCACCGAGAUGAAUUAAGGUCAGUAUUGGGGAGUACGAUGAGCGCCGAGGAUAAUGCAGGCGAUUCGCUCAGAACUCAAAUGUUGCACUCAUUCUUUGAGGAGAGUCCACAAUACUCUCAACUGAAAGAAGAGAUUGAAAGAACCAAAAAUCAAGAGCAAAGUCCCGGGGGAAUCCAUAACAAGGAAACUAAAAAGGCUUCGUUUGCUCAGCAAUUGUACAUUUUAUCCUCGCGGUCCUUCAAAAACAUAUACAGGAACCCUAAACUACUUCUAGGAAAUUACUUACUAACGCUUUUUCUGGGCCUAUUUCUCGGAGUACUUUACUACAAUGUUGAAAACGAUAUCAGUGGGUUUCAAAAUAGACUUGGGUUGUUCUUUUUUAUUUUGACUUAUUUCGGUUUCUUAACUUUCACGGGACUCAGCUCUUUCUCCCUCGAGAGACUGAUCUUCUUGAAAGAGCGCUCGAAUAAUUAUUACUCGCCUAUGGCUUACUACAUAAGCAAGAUGAUCAGCGAUGUGAUACCUCUUCGCAUAGUGCCACCGAUACUUUUGGCGCUUGUAAUCUACCCCCUGGUAGGCCUAAACAUGCAAGAAAACGCAUUUUGCAAAUUUGUGGUCCUGCUUUGUCUGUUCAAUUUGGCAAUCUCUCUGGAAAUUCUAUCUGUGGGAAUCUUUUUCGAGGAUCUCAAUAACUCCAUUGUUGUUAGCGUUUUGAUCUUGUUAGGCUCAUUACUUUUCAGUGGUCUUUUCAUCAAUACCAGCGCCAUAACGAAUGUGACAUUCAAGUAUCUGAAGAACCUCUCGGUAUUCUACUACGCUUACGAGUCUUUGAUCAUAAAUGAGGUAAAAACUCUUAUUUUGAGAGAAAAAAAUACGGUUUGA